CCGCACUCCCGUCUCAUCUUCCCUGGUCACCGUCCCACCGCCUGUACCAAGGUCCCCGCCAGCCCGCCUAGACCCUACGGCCUACGCAGUGAUAUCACACGAACACGGCAAGCACACACCGUCUUUAGUCCGAUCCGGCGGACUAUUGGAGGAUGGCAAUGAUGAGAAGUACGCGGGAUCUGCUGAUGGAGGGUUUCGAGGGGCUCGUGCGGGACGGGUCUUUCAAGUGGCCCGUCCCCCGCCGCGGCGUGGACGACGACGACGACCCCUACCGCUCGCCCUCGGCCUGCAAGAGCACGUCCGUUGCCGGCCUCUCCCCCAUGGUCAGCGCCGUCGUCUCUCGCUGCUCCCGAGUUCUCGACGUAUCCAUUGAAGACCUGCAAUAUGACUUUGAUAUGCAAGCAUCUGACUCUAUAAAGCAUCCAAGAAACUAUGCGAGAAACUUUUUGGAAUAUUGCUGCUUUAGGGCACUUGCACAGGUCUCACAAGUUGCGGGAUAUCUUGCUGACAAAAGCCUUCGUCGCCUGACAUUUGAUAUGAUGUUAGCUUGGGAAGUUCCCUCUUCUUCAAGCCAGCUCACUGUUAAGGUUGAGGUUGAUAGCACAGUUAGUUUGGAGGCUUUCUCAAGAAUAGCACCUGCCAUUCCAACAAUCGCUGAUGUAGUAACUUCUUCAAAUCUCUUUGAUGUGCUUUCAUCAACAAGUGGAGGCCGUCUUCCAUUUCCUGUAUAUGAUAAGUAUCUUGCAGGAUUGGACAGAGCAUUUAAGAAAAUGAAGACACAGUCUGAGUCAUCGCUUCUAUCGGGCUUCCGAUCACAGAGAGGAGAAAGGGUUCUAGAAGUCGAUGGAACAUUGACAACUCAACCAGUACUUGAGCAUGUUGGGAUUUCAACAUGGCCAGGAAGAUUGACACUUACGGAUCAUGCCCUUUACUUUGAAGCUGUAAAGGUUGUGACAUUUGAUAAGCCCAAAUCUUAUGAACUUGCAGAAGAUGCAAAGCAGAUUGUUAAACCUGAGCUGACUGGCCCAUGGGGUUCACGGCUGUUUGACAAAGCUGUUAUGUAUAAAUCAACAACCUUAACUGAACCAGUGAUCAUAGAAUUUCCAGAGCUGGCCGGGCACUCUCGCCGUGAUUACUGGUUGGCAAUUAUAUCUGAAGUUCUUUAUGUUCACAGGUUUGUUAGGAAGUUCGACAUAAGUGGAGUCGAUAAAGAGGAAAUAAUUCUGAAGGCCUCGCUUGGUAUCUUGCGGUUGCAAGCCAUCGAAGAAUUAGCUUUUCCAGCUUCCAAUCGAUACGAAUCUCUUUUGUUGUUCAAUCUUUGUGACAAACUUCCUGGAGGAGAUGUAAUACUUGAAACACUAGCCAGUACUAUAUCAUCAAGAAGUUCAGCUCAUGCCAAUCAACCAGGCAUGAGCAUCGGAAUGCGUUCCAUGUCUGCCUUCGCUGUCCUGUCAAACCUGGGCAUGGUAUCACCAGGUAAUAAUAGUGAGAGACUCUUUGUUGGUGAGAUAGUCGUUGGGGAAAUGAGUUCCUUGCAGAAGGCAGUUACUGAGUCAAUGAACAAUUACAAGAAGGUUGAACUGGCCCAAGCCACAGUUGAUGGAGUCAAAGUUGAUGGGCUUGAUACAAACCUGGUAGUGAUGAAGGAAUUGUUAUCACCGGUAAGUGACCUUUGGAGGUUUUUGGUGUCGUUGGCAUUGUGGGAUGAGCCUUUGAAGUCAUUCGUCUUUUGCUUGUUAUCUUCUUCUAUUAUCAUAAGGGGAUGGGUAGUCUAUUUUCUUGUUAUGGUCAUACUGUUAUCAGCAACGGUCAUGCUGCUGACAAGACUAACUAGUCAAGGAAAGCCAAUGACUGAGGUCAAGGUGACAUCUCCACCUUCAAUGAACACUAUGGAGCAGCUCUUAGCUGUUCAAAAUGCUAUUUCCAAAGUUGAAGAGCUUGUCCAGGAUGCAAAUAUUGUUCUUCUGAAGAUAAGAGCUCUACUGCUGGCUUUUCCAUCUCAGCGCACAGGAGCGCGUCAAGGCUCAGGACGACAAGCACCACCAGGAUUGUUAGUUCGCUGUCGACAAAGAUGUGCUCCUCAAGCUUCAACCAUAGGCGCACUCGUUGCUUGUCAGUCAGACCGUGCUCCAAGCUUGCUCACAAAUUCUACAGCCCAUUCAAAGUCUUGGAACGAAUUGGAGCUGCAGCUUAUCGUUUGGAUCUUCCGCCCUCAAGUCUCAUACAUCCAGGGUUUCACAUGUCGCAACUGAAGCCAUUCACCGCCAACUAUUCACCGGUCUUCAUGGAGCUGCCAGAUCUCUCCACUGUGCUGUUGCAACUGCUGGCUAUCCGGGAGCGACUUAUGGUCACGAAGGGUAGCAUGACAAUUCUGCAAGUCAAGGUACGCUGGAACAUGCGACUUGGGAAGAUUACUACAUCUUGUGCUCGUGUUUUCUAGCGGCCGCUUGACUGGGUUGCAGGUGGUGAUGGGCGACUAAACAGGUGGACAUGAGCCCGUCAGGGACCUCAAGUGGCUGGUUGACCCAUCAAGUGUGGCAUGUGUGCCAUCACGAUGUCUGAGUGUAUAUUUAAGCCCUGGGUUUCUUCAGCAAACUGGUGAAGGGCUUAGCCAAAAUUCCAAAGGCCUGUUCAAACUUUAUGUAAUAUCCAGUCAAUCCCAAAAAUUCUCCGAGCUCUUCUUGCAAGUAUCAGCAGGUCAGAAUGCCAAAUAAGAGUUUCUUGUGGUUGAAUUCAAAUGGUAACCUGUUUCUAUUAAUCUCAAAAGCUCACAAAAAGAAUCAAAUUCAUUUGAAAAAUACUCUCCACCAUGAUCGGGCCUAAGCCUUUUGAUUUUAUGAUCAAGUUGGUUUUCCACUUCAGCUUUAUAGAUCUUGAAAAAGUUUAAAGCCUCAUCUUUUGAUUUCAAAAGAUACACAUGGCAGUAUCUAGUGGAGUCAUCAAUUAAGGUUAUGAAAUAUUUCUUUUCACCUUUUGUCAAAACACCAUUCAUUUCACAAAGAUCUGAAUGAAUGAGCUCUAGUAGUGUAAGAUUUCUUGUUUCUGCAGUUGUAUGAAACUUACGAGGUUGCUUAGCUUGCACACAAACUUGACACUUAGAUCCCUUGACAACGAUGAAAUUAAGGAUUAAGCUCAACUUGGCUAACCGCGUCAUGCAACCAAAGUUAAUAUGACAGAAACGUGAAUGCCAGACAUUUGAUUCACUAUUGUUGCACACAUGAUUAACAAUUUUAUUACAAACAUCUAACAAUGAUAGUCUGAACAAGCCUCUUGAUUGAUAAUCUUUACCAACAAAAGUUUCAUACUUGGACACUACAAAUUUAUUGGACUCGAAGACAAGCUUGUAGCCAUCUCUACACAAAAGAGACCCGCUAACAAGUUUUUAUUGGACACUAUAAUGCACGUUCUUCAGCCGCGCGAUCUUCCCCGAAGUAAACUUCAGAUCGACCGUGUCAACACCACGAACAGAAGCACUUGAAAUGUUGCCCAUCAGCAUGGUGGAAGUCCUUGAGGUUUGAUAAGAAGAAAACAUGGAAAUGUCAUCUCAUACAUGUACAUUAGCACCCGUGUCAAUCAACCGAUCAGGAGAAUGACAUACUGAAAAAAUAGUGGAAAAUAUACCAUACCCAGUAACCUUCAUGUCAAUGUCCCCAAUGACAACAUUAGCUGUAACACCCACGAUGUGGCUAUAUCUCCCAUGUGUCGGAGCACGACUUAGAGGCAUAACCGCAUUGUAGGCAUGUCGCAAGAGAGGUAAUCUUUACACAUC